AUGUCCGAGGACAGCCCUGAACCGUUGACGGCCCUACCGUUCCCUCCCGUCACCGCAGCGCACAUCCUGAACUGUUCGUUUCACACCUGGCAUGCGCUCUUCCGGUCCUUGACCCCGAAAGCCAGACUCAUUCCACUCUCAGAACCAUUCCUGGAAUAUCUGCGUGCCGAUGGUAUCAUCUUGCCCCCAGACAACAGUCCAAAUGAUGCAGACAGUGGCUUUGAGGACGAAGAUGAGGAAGAUCCGUCAGAGCCGUGGACGGCUGUCCACGAGCAGAUCCGGUCGACUAUCGGUGAGCUUGGAGGAAAGGUCGUCCCCAAGCUAAACUGGUCAGCUCCAAAGGAUGCGACGUGGAUGGUGCCCACAAACGACAUGGAGUGCCGAACACCGAACGAUAUCUAUCUCCUCCUGAAGUCCAGCGACUUCGUUACCCACGAUCUGGAACAAGCCUUCGACGGCUGCGUUGAUCAGAUGGAAGUUCCAUACCACCUUGUGCUUCGGAAGUCCUUCAACCUCAAUCCGUCUCUAGAGUUCCGCUGCUUCGUCCGGAACAGAAAGCUCAUUGCCAUCAGCCAGCGUGAGAUGAAUUAUUUUGAAUUCCUUUUCGAGCUCAGACAGUCAUUCAAGGCCAAGAUCCAAGAUUUUCUGGAACUUCUGUCUGGUUUUCCGGACGACAACUUUGUGUUCGAUGUCUACAUACCACCACCACAUGACAGGGUUUGGCUUAUAGACAUAAAUCCGUGGGCCCCGAGAACGGACCCCUUGUUGUUCUCAUGGCUUGAGAUAUUGCAAAUCCCGGAGCCGGAGAAGGAUACUAUCUUCGACCCCGAAUUCCGGCUUGUACAACGUGACGACCCCGAAGCUUAUCAAUUUGCAAGCACGAAAUACAGCGCUCACAAACUGCCGAAAGAGGUUGUCGAUGCGAGUAUGGCUCCCACUGAGAUGAAGAAUAUGAUGGAGGAGUGGAAACGUGUCAUGGAGAAGCAGAUUGAAGAAGACUCAGACGACUCAAGUUGA